CUUCAAUGACGAUGUUUUGCCAUCUUUGUCUUUGCACCAACUGGCGCUGUGGCGGUGCAGACUUGUGGCGCAGGUGUGGCGCAGCCGUCUAAGCUUAAACAACAUGCACUUGCUCAUAUUAGUACUAGCGUUCUUUGUACCUCUGCCCUGUCACUGACGUGGAGGGGCUGGGGCAUGUGGUGGCUGUUGGGUCGCCGCCAAAAUCAAGAUAAACGCGACGACAACCCCUUCAUGCGCCAGCAGAAACUGUACAUAUACGCAUUGGUGUUUGCUAUAUAUACUUGAAUCUGGCCGACGUUAUUUGCUUCUUUUAGUCCUCAUUUCUAGCCAUACGCGGGCUGAUCAUUCUAAUCCGUCCCUGGAACAACAUAUAUUUACUUCAGAAGGUCACCCUGUGUGAUAUUGGAUUCCAACAACCACGACGCUGGCUACCAAUAGUCGCACUUAAUCCGCAAAGGACUCAGCAAGACCAGGUGCUGUGUUGAAAGCUGAUUGACCCACCGCCGUUUUACGGCCAAAAAUAACACACAAAGCGCCUCCCGAAACAGACACAACUCGCCGUAGACCUAUCGAUCAAAGAAAGCCAAAUUCGACGGCGACACCGUCCGCCACAAGAGACUCAAUAAAUCUCACGUCUCCCGCUCCAGUUUUAUCGACUAUCGAUAACCAUCACCAACAUGACUUCGCUGCUGGCCAAAUAUGUUAGCAAGAAAUUCCUAGGGGAGUCGUUGCAGAAUAAUUUCGGAACAGAGGAUCCUUAUUUCGAAUCUGUCCCCGCUACACGACUAAAUGGCAGGCCCUCGAAGAAAAUGAAGAAAGUCCGAAAGGCAUUACCACCAGGCAUAUCUGAGCAUGAUGGGAAGAUCCUGACGAAGGUCAAGCGCAGGGCAUAUAGGCUUGAUAUGAGCUUGUUCAACUGCUGUGGUAUAAGGUUUGGCUGGAGCAGUGUCAUUGGUAUAAUCCCAGGCUUUGGUGAUGCGCUGGAUGCAUUCAUGGCAAUGAUGGUAUAUCGGACAUGCCAGCAGGUUGAGGGUGGCCUCCCUGCUGCUGUUCAGUCGCAGAUGGUGUUUAACAUCGUCAUUGACUUCUUUAUCGGUCUUGUGCCUGUUCUCGGCGAUUUGGCAGAUGCUGUUUUCCGCGCCAACACCAAAAACGCUGCUGUACUGGAGAAACAUCUUCGUGCUAAGGGACAGGCCAGGCUCAAAUCCCAGGGCGCCGCGUUGCCCACCGUCGACCCUAGCGAUCCGGACGAAUUCGACCGCCUGGUGGCCAGCGGUCCACCUCCAGUGUAUACUGCAAACGAACCAUCACAACAGCCUCCGAUGCCUCAAACAGCUCCAUCGGGAACUCAGCGUCAAAAACCUUCGGGCACAACUAAUACGGCCUCAACAACAACCCAGAGUAGCGGCGGGUGGUUCGGCUUUGGAAAGAAAAGCAAGCAGCCGGACGUCGAGAGCGGCGCCGAACAACGGCAUGGCGAUACGCCACUCUCCAACUUGCCGUCCCGUCCUGCCAGAGAACCAAGCACGCGUCAGAAACCAGUUCGAACUCGGUAGGUGUUUGUAAUGAGGUGCUUUAAUUAAUUUAUAACUUUUGUAAAGACUCGGAGCUAGAUACCACGGUAAAAAUUAUACAAUUGAAUAGAACAGCAUUAAAUGUCAGCAUUGACUUUGACCCCGCUUCAAUCUUAACACGGUAAUGGGUGAAAUAUAUGCUCCCAUGUUUAUAAACGAACUCGUUGGCUAGGCAUCCAAAAGCCCCGUACGUAAAUGAGUCACGAAGCUCCAUUGCCAAGCUGAUUGCUGAGCUUUACUAAGUUUACUAAGACGUGUUAUGACUUAAGCCGGCACAAACGCGCGUGCAUGGCUGUGGAUAAAAGAUCCAUCUGUGGAUAUGGGUGACUGUUUCCUUGGACAGCUGCCUGCGCGUUGCCUGCGCGUUGCCAGGGUUAAUCUUAUCAGAUCAUCUAGCGUGAGGGGUCUCUGUCCACACAAAUGCGACAACAUGGGGCAGUUUCAGGAAAUUCUUUCAGCUCGAUCCAACAGAGGCCGGAAAUACGGAUCUGGAGGUGUACAGGUGGGGUUU